CUAGUCUAUUUAUUAAUUAUUACCAUUACCAUAUCCCUUUAUUCCCCUCACAAAUUCUCCUCCACAAUCCAUACCUAGCUUGUCCACGUUCUUCCUUGGUGUACAAACUUUCACUGAGCAACGUUCGUCCUUGUCGGUUGGUGGACUACUUUUCACAGCUUUAUGUCCGUCCAUUUCACCUUGGAGAGGGGCCAAGAUAAGCAUUCUUCGCUGUCUGAAGCACAUUGAGCAUAUCUACUUCACAUGCUCAUAUCGAAUUUUUGGAUGGAAAUUGAUUAUAGUUAAAGAGAAGAGCUUCCAAGUAGAAAUGGUGUGUUCACUAAGGGGAGUGUUGAAUGAAACCCAUCUAGAUCUGCCCAUCACUACAUUAUCUUCUGCUCUGCUCAACAGUCAAGAAAGAUGCGGUCAACUUUCAAAGAGAUAUCUGGAAGGAAUGGAUGUCAUGUGGGUUUAUUUGGGGAAAAUCUGUUCCAAAUUCAGUGUGAUGAUUGAAGCAUAGUUACCAUGGAUCUUGAUUAUGGGAAGUGUUGGGAUACUUCAAAGAAGGAUUCUUGGAAGACACUGUUACUUCUAGCUUAUCAAAGCCUUGGAGUAGUGUAUGGGGACCUGAGCAUUUCCCCACUUUAUGUUUACAAGAGCACAUUUGCAGAAGAUAUUAAACAUUCAGAGACAAAUGAAGAGAUAUUUGGGGUUUUAUCAUUUGUCUUCUGGACGCUAACUUUAGUUCCCUUAUUUAAGUAUGUUUUCAUUGUCCUUCGAGCGGAUGAUAAUGGAGAGGGUGGUACUUUUGCACUGUACUCAUUGAUAUGCAGGCACGCAAAGGUAAGUAUUCUGCCCAACAGACAAGUUUCUGAUGAAGCACUCUCAACAUAUAAACUGGAGCACCCUCCAGAGAAGAAGAGCAGAUCAAAGGUGAAAAUGUACCUUGAGAAGCAUAAGUUCUUGCACACUGCUUUACUAAUCUUGGUUCUUCUUGGCACGUGUAUGGUGAUCGGUGAUGGGCUUCUUACUCCGGCUAUUUCUGUAUUCUCUGCUGUGUCCGGCCUUGAGUUUUCCUUGUCUAAGGAGCACCACCAGUAUGCAGUGCUUCCAAUUACUUGCUUCAUAAUAGUGUGUCUCUUCGCACUACAACAUUAUGGCACUCAUCGGGUGGGAUUUCUCUUUGCACCAAUUGUGGUGAUAUGGCUACUGUGCAUCAGCGCUCUUGGCUUGUAUAACAUAAUACAUUGGAACCCACACGUCUAUCAGGCUCUUUCUCCAUAUUACAUGUUCAAGUUCUUGAAGAAGACAAGGAAAGGAGGGUGGAUGUCUUUGGGUGGAAUAUUAUUGUGCAUAACAGGCUCGGAGGCAAUGUUUGCUGAUCUUGGUCACUUCUCAUAUGCUGCAAUUCAGAUUGCUUUCACCUUUCUGGUUUAUCCAGCGCUGAUAUUGGCAUAUAUGGGCCAAGCUGCUUACUUGUCACAGCAUCACCCCACCAGUUAUCGAAUCGGAUUUUAUAUCUCAGUACCAGACAGUGUGAGAUGGCCAGUGCUAAUAAUAGCUAUUCUUGCUUCUGUUGUGGGAAGCCAAGCCAUCAUCAGCGGUACAUUCUCUAUCAUUAACCAAAGCCAAUCACUUGGUUGUUUUCCAAGAGUGAAGGUCAUUCAUACCUCAGACAAGAUACAUGGCCAGAUAUAUAUACCUGAGAUUAAUUGGUUGCUCAUGAUCCUCUGCGUUGCCGUGACCAUUGGAUUUAGAGACACAAAACACUUGGGAAAUGCAUCUGGAUUAGCCGUAAUGACAGUGAUGCUAGUGACUACGUGUCUAACAUCCCUGGUUAUUAUCCUCUGUUGGCGCAAGCCCCCAAUUGUGGCUCUGUGCUUCCUGUUUUUCUUUGGCUCCAUUGAAUUGCUUUACUUCUCAGCUUCUCUUACCAAGUUCCGAGAAGGCGCUUGGCUCCCAAUCCUCUUAGCUCUGUUCCUCAUGACCAUCAUGUUUGUUUGGCACUACGCCACCAUAAGAAAGUACGAAUUUGAUCUUCACAACAAGGUGUCACUGGAAUGGCUUUUGGCUUUGGGUCCAAGUUUGGGAAUUGCUAGAGUUCCUGGUAUUGGGCUGGUUUUCACUGAUCUUACCUCUGGCAUCCCUGCCAACUUCUCUCGCUUUGUGACCAACCUCCCUGCCUUCCACAAAAUCCUUGUCUUUGUGUGUGUGAAAUCUGUUCCUGUACCUCACGUUCCCCCAGACGAGCGAUAUCUUGUUGGCCGUGUGGGUCCUGCUGCUCAUCGAUCCUACAGAUGCAUUGUUCGAUAUGGAUACCGCGAUGUACACCAGGAUGUUAAUUCUUUUGAGUCUGAACUUGUGGAUAAGCUGGCUGACUUCAUCCACUAUGAUUGGUACAGAACAAGUAGAACAAAUUCAUGCACUGAUGAUGAUGUACCGCGAUCAAAUGCAUCGUCGAAUGAGUGUAGAUUAGCAGUUAUAGGAACAAUAGAAUUCUCCGGAGCACCUGCUUUUGAGCUGGAAGACAGUGUGCAGCCAGCCAGUGUAUCCGGUGGGUUCCCAACCGUAGAAAGUGUAACAGAUCUUAUAGAAAUGGAACCUGUUCGGUCAGGAAAACGAGUAAGGUUCGCCAUUGAUGAUGAGUCUGAAACCGACACACAGAAUGAAGUGGAGUUGCAAAUGCGAGAAGAGCUGGGGGAUGUCAUGGCGGCUCAAGAAGCUGGUACUGCAUUUAUACUUGGACAUUCACAUGUUUGUGCAAAACAAGGAUCAUCUUUUCUGAAGAGACUAGCACUCAAUUUUGGUUACAAUUUCCUUAGAAGGAAUUGCAGGGGACCGGAUGUAGCACUCAAGGUGCCUCCAGGGUCACUGCUAGAGGUUGGCAUGGUUUAUGUAGUAUGAGCAUGUAAUUAUGUGUAGUUUUCUUCUCUCAAAACUCUCUCUCUCUCUCUCUCUCUCUCUCUCUCUCUCUCUAUAUAUAUAUAUAUAUAUAUAUAUAUAGUUUAAAGUUGUGUUGAUAUUAGUUUAGGCAUCACAAAAUGAGUGUUGCGAACAUUUUUUAUGUUUGAAAAUCAAGUAAUCUUCAUCU